CAUCAACUUUUGCUACUAGACGAGCCUGUAAAAGCUAGUUAGCGGCUACAAAACACACACAUUUCGUGUCUGAAUUGUUCCCCGGUGUCGUGCAUUUGUCCCCCUUUUAAAAUUUCGGCUGGGACCCGGAGUCGUGAAGGAGCAGUAAAAUUCCAUAAGCGACGAGGAGACUCCAUCUUCGGGGAGAGCCAGCGAGGCGGCAGAGAGCUAGCGGGCUUCGCUGCUGCUGCUAGGCUAACUUUGCCCCAGCCAGCAGAGCGAGAGCCGGAGCAGAGCGAGUGAGCGGCUUGCUGCUAAACGGUCAACCUGACGAUACUUUCGUUGACUACAAAAGACUCCCAGCAUGCUGAUGGUGGGAGGCGAUGGACGGAAGCACUAGAAUGAGUGUGAAGGAGCUGUGUGAGACGGAUGACCUGGCCACCCGCUUGGUGCUGGACCCUCUGCUGGGCUUCAGCACCCACAAAAUGAACAUCAGUCCCCCACCAGAGAUCCGACGUUGGGGUAACCUCAAAGAAACGCUUUUGCGGUUUCAGCGUACGCACGACUUCAACGCUACGUUUGAGGCUCUAACGGUGGGCGAGCUGGCUGGUGACUACUUUAAUGCUUUGGGGAGCCAUCGACAGGAGCUGCUGAGACAACAUGUUUAUCGCUACCUCAGUGCCUUCCUGUUGGAUAGCGGUGUCAAGAUAGAGUCCUGUGACAGAUACUCCUCAGAGACCAACGGAGCCAAGAUAACCUCAACUAGGCACUGGUUUGUAGGAGAGCGGGUGGAGGUCCUGCUGGGCUGCAUAGCAGAGCUGAGUCCUGCUGACAGUGCCGUGCUGAGGGCGGGAGUCAAUGACUUCAGCGUGAUGUAUUCCACACGCAAACGCUGCGCUCAGCUCUGGCUCGGGCCUGCAGCUUUCAUUAACCACGACUGCAAGCCAAACUGCAAGUUCGUCCCCGGUGAGAAGAAUAUCGCUUGUGUUGAGGUGAUUCGACCCAUAGCACCUGGGGAAGAGAUCACGUGUUACUAUGGAGCCAGCUUUUUUGGUGAAGGCAAUGAAAUGUGUGAAUGCUGCACCUGUGAGAGGAAUGGAGAGGGUCACUUCAAGCACAGAGGGAAACAGCCUGAAAUCGAGGAAACAAAGGACCCCGUGGGCCAAAAGUACCGCCUGAGAGAGCGAUAUCUUCGUCAUCACAGAGAGAGAGGUCACUUCUCUACAAGGCCAAUAACACCAGGAAUACACUCGGGAAUCUUUAAAGCCAUCCCCUCAAGGAACUCAUUCACUCAGCAGAUGAGGAGAAAUGCCUUGAAGAACAGAAAACUGAGUCAGACAAAGAAGUGGAGACAGGAGAAGCAAAGACGAUCAGGAAAGCACCCACUAAAGUCCUCCUCUACAGCCAAACAGCGGCGAACGGUUCCGCUUUUAUCCCAGGUUACACUAAAGGACCUUAGAGUCAGAGUGCGGCGCCACUCUUUGGAUUUUUUACUCAAUUGUAAGGAUCCAAAAAGCAAAGAAAGGGCACUGCUGCUGCAACUUGAGGAAGUGAGGCCACAAGAUAACAGGCCAAGGGGACUGAACAUGACUGGGGAAGAAAGCAACAGCAGUGCGGUGAACUUGAAGCCCUUUACUCUGAAUUCCUCCAUGUCAGCAUGUCAGAAAAGCAGAUCUGCGGUAAGAGGCGCAGGCCUUAACGGGAGGUUUGCAAAAGCGGUGGGCAGGAAGCCCGUUCACAUGAGGACCUCUUCAAGAACAAAAAGCAGUGUUCGCACCACGCUCGCACACCAGACGAAGUCCAGUAACACAACUAACACUACAACUGUUUGUCACCCGGUUGAGGGCGACAAAAUCUGCAGUGCAAUAAAACAAGAGAAUGUCGAAACUGCAAUCACAGAAAGUCAAAACGGCGCGUGCGGCGGCGGCGCCGUCGAAACCAGCGUCAUCACCACGGCUCAAAAUCCUGCUGCCGAGCAAACCGAGCGCAAGACUAUCAGAGCUUUAUCCACGAGUAACACGGAUGGAUUGAAGAACACUGGAGACAAUCCGCUAAUAUCUCUGAAGCAAUAUCUUACAGUCAAUCUAACGAGGUUAUCGGUGUCACAAAGUUUGGAAGUUGGAGAAAGCUGUGAAGACAGGAAAGUAAGGGUGGAGGUUAGAGGAAGGAGGAUGCAGAGCCAGCGCCCAGGCCCAGCGACAGAAAAACGAGCAUCCAGAUUUCAGCAGAGGCAGGCGAGGAGUUCAGAGGUCUGCACAGCUGACGGUAACAGAGGGGUGAGGGAAAUGUCUUUAAAGUCUCUAGAUCAAACCAGUGUAAGGAAACGGCAUUCGAGCGAGAGCACGGGCGACUUAUCCCACAGCAAGAAAUUUAGUGAAAUACAAACGGCUUCGGUAGAUGACAAAGAUUGUAUAACAAAUGAACAGACGGAUUUUUUAAAAGGCAAAACAGAAGGGCAGAAAGACAGUAAAAGUAACAGAAACCUAGAAGAAGUGAAAAGGUCUGAUUGCAAAAUGAUUUCCAGCAAAUGUCAAAAUAAUGUCCAGGAUGUUAAAAAUACAGCCAAGGGGGUUUGCACGCAGGAAGGAUCGGGACAAAUGAGUUUGAGUACGCAGCCAGUAAGUAGGCAUGAAGAUGAUAUUGUUAUAAAACAGGCAAAGGUUCUGCUAUCUGAUAUUUUAAGAAAAGAUAAAUCAUUAAUAGAUGGGAGAUUAAAGGGAGGUAAUGUGGGACGACGGUUUUCUACCUGGGCCUCCAAGGAGAGUGCCGAGGAGGAAUCAGAACAAACUGAAAUAAAUGGAGGCAGGUUCCGGCGUUCAGUGCAGAGGAGGAUUUAUAGAAGACGAAAGAUAAGGCCCAGAGCAGUGAAAAGAAAAGCAGAAGAUAAGCCAAGCACCAAGGGACACUUAAGCAAAGACAUUACAGCUACGGUUAAGACGGAGUUGAGUCAGGAGAGUUUGGAGCCCAAGUUGCCACAGAGGCACAAUGACCCACCGGCCACCUGCCUCAACCCACUACCUCACAAGUCACUGAUUUCGGCUAAAACCACGACUAAUCCAGACACCAAUGCACAAGCGCACGCGCAGUCCAAUAUACCUCUGAAGAAACGUACAUUUCGCAGUUCAGCACUAGAUUCUGAACAAAGUCUAAACUCUGCCUUAGAUCAGGUUUCUAAAAAUGUUACAGAGUUGAAAUCGUCUGCAGUGCUGAGGCAGGACCUCGCCCCGUCUUCAGGGGAGAGUAGCAAAGUGAAAAGAGAGAAUAAAGUCAGAGUUAGGAGGACAGAAAUGCAGCGGUUAGCCCCCAGAAGACACUCCUCUUUUAACAGGGUCCUUCGCUCGAGACCUGCUGAAGCUCAGCGUGGUCAUUUAAUGAGGAACGCUCGAAAGUGUAAAUUAGAGAGGCUGGAUGAGGAUGACGCCGGUAAAGCACAGACACUAGAGAGCGAGCGUGCUGAGGAUGUAGCUGAAAGUCCGACUUCAGAUGAAUUUCAAAGUAGAAAUCAGGGGAAAUUGAUGACCCUGGAACAAAGUGGUUUGGAAGACAUAAAGCCAGACUUUUUUAAAAUUCGGCUUAAGAGGAGAAGAGGGAAAGUAUGGGAGAUGCAAAGUGCAGGGUUGGAAAACAUGGCAUUAAAAGCAGAAAAGGGAGAUGAGUUGGGGGCAUUUGAUCCUUUUAAAGCUAUUAUGGACUCGGUGUCAAUUUUAAACAUGGAGAUGGAGGCAGCUCAGGCUCACGUGCAGGCUAGUAAGAAGUCAAAGAGCAGAUUGCAUCGUUUGAAAAAAAGAGGAGAGAAGUUGCAAGCUAUAAAUUUCUACACUGGCGCAAAAUCAGACAAGGACCUUGAAAAUGACAGGGAAAACGUCUGUGGGCCCGAUGUGUCUGCCAGCAACGAAGUACGAUUCAAAGAGAAAAUCGAUAAGGACCCCGUAGUUGGAGUCAAGCAGCUGCUAGAAAAACCAGAGAGUCAGAAAAAUGACAGCGCAGCCCUGUCAGCGGCAGCCCUGGAAACAAAAAUCGAAGACGGUUUUUUAAAGAGUUCCUGCUUGUUUGAAAGUGGGUCACAAAAAAAGCAAGAGCCAGAACUGGACAUAAAUGGUUGUCCAUUACCGGUAAUUAAGCUGCGUAGGAAGAUGGAGGAUAUUUGGGAGGUGGAUAGUAAAGAGGAGCUCAUACAGCCCGAUUUAAAAGUAGAGACCAUUAUUAAGACAGAGAUGAAGGGUCACGUUUUAGGUAAACAAAAAGGACUUUCCGAUUGUUGCAAGCUCAAAGAAGAGUUCCCAUCUUCGGAGAGACUGAACAACAGCUCUCUGAAAACCGAACCGCCACCAUUUUCUUUGUCCCUGUCACCGCUGUCGCUGUCCUCGCCCCUCAACGACAAUAAAACCGAAGUUAUAUCCGUAGCUGCAGACAGAAUCGCUGAAAGGCCAGAGAUGAUCAGCGGAGGAAGGAAACAGAGGCACAAAAUGGACAGAACACACAAGUGUGGGCCUGUCGAAACACCCACCACUUGCCUUAGUCACACUCUUCAGCAAAUUGAUAACAGUCUCUCUCGGCUUUCCGAGGGCUUGUGUUCAUCUCAGACUUUGGAAAAGCCCACAGCCUCUUCUAAUUCUGUCAUCCAACCCCCGUCCCAGUCUCCUCCAUUUGCAACAGCAGAUAACAUGCUUACCAGCGAGCCCAGCUUCACAAACUGCUGCGAUGACAUUCUUGACUUUCAGUGUCUCAACUUUGAGGGCUAUUACCAGCCACAGAACAUGCUUCCAUCUUCCCCAUCAGAUCUGUGUUCCCUGGAUCCUCCUACAGAUCCUUUCAGCAGUCCCCUCUCUCACAGCCCUACCGACACGUGGACCACGGAAACGCCAUACCUUGGCCCUCCCAGUCCUGGAAAUAACUUUACCAGUGAGGAUCUGCAGUUUUUUCCAGGCCUAAUGCCUUCCAAAAGUGACUCAGUUCCUCUGGAAUGUGAAGCAAAGGAUACCUCCAAAGACAGAAACCCACCCAACACCAGUUUCAGUUAUUCAGCUCUGGGCAACCCCGACUUGACGGCUAAAGAUCGAAUUAUAAGUAAAAAUCCGGGAAUGAGGUUUUCCAAAGAAGACUUAAAAAAUCAGUCUUUCAUGGCACCCAAUAAGCCCCGUUUUAUGGGUGCGCCAUCGUCUUCGGUUACAACUCAAAGCCCCGUUACUUUACCCCACCCUGCCAUGAACAUAAAGCCAAGCACCAGCCAAUCAAGAACCCAGGCUAACCUCAAAACCCAGGGUCCCUUCCAUCGUAUGACCAUUCCCAAUAAAUCCCAGUCGUUUUCCAGCAAUCAGCCACAGCCAAACGCAGUUAGACCAGUGUCCCAGAGCUGCUUAACAAAGCCCGUACAGUCGUCUCAAAUGUCUAACAAAUUCCUCUCUCCUCAGCUCUUCACUGUGAAAAAUCCCAACCCUCCCGACAAUCCAUUCAACUUUCCCGAGAAAACCUCUACAGUUAUCCACAGGGUGCUCAAGUUUCAGGGGGGCAACCAGAGUCAGAACUUGUACAGCGCACCUUGCAAAGACGCCGCGGCUGCCGGCAGCCCGACCGUCUCGUCCAGAAUGCUAGGUGCAAAAUCAGGUGCUAUGGAGAAAACCCAGCAGAGUCCAAAGUUCUGCUUUACUGCAGACAGUCAUCAGAAAGGCAACUUGUCUGUUCAGGGGUUCGAAAAGGACGUUCACCUCGCUUCCUCCAACAGGUCCAACAUUCAUUUCAAUAAACCCAACUCCUCAAUUUCUCAUUCUUAUAGUAAAGCUAAGAUGUCAUCAGACAAACAUGAAAGUGCCGAAGCCAACAUGGCAUACAAAAACUUUUCUAUCUUGCCAAGGCAGUUCUACUUUCCUAGCAAAAUGUCAGACGGUUAUUCAGCACCGCACGAGAAAAGCAUGAAACAGGAUAAAUCCACUACGCCGACCUCAGACAAACACCAGCCGUGUUACACUCAGCAAGACCCCUUUGAUUUCAGUUUUGGCACUUCUCUUUCGCCCAUGUCUCAGCACAACAGCCCCCAAGUGGUUCACAAUACACCACCUGCUACACCAGCACCAGCAAACAAGUCCUCCGCCCCCUCAGCCUCGUUCCCUUACGGCUAUCAAGGUCCUCCUUACGUACUAAACUUCAGCGGAGACCAUUCUUUGACCCUGGGUCUCAGGGAUGGUGCUGAAGGCUACCCAGGACUGGGCUCGACAAACUACACCUACCACUGCCUGAUGGAGCCUUCGGGCACACAGGGGCGGCUGGUCGUCGAGCCCUGUGGACCCCAGCUCUCCAACCCAGCUUCUCUGGCUGGAUUUUCAGGGCUCAAAGGUCACGACGAGCACUGCAGGAAGGAUAUGCAGCAGCAGUGCCACGCUGGGGAUCACCAAGGCACAUCACACUAUGGACCUGUUACAACAUCUCACUCCAUGGGUGCCACAAAACCCAAGAGGGUGAGGUUAGUGGUGACAGACGGCACAGUGGACUUAGAUCUUCAGUACUCGGACUGAAUUAGUCUCCCAAUCCCAGAAUACAAUUGGGAAUAUAUCGUGUCUGUUGCACACACAGAUGCGCAAAAACAGUUUUGUAAGAAAAAAAAAAAAAGCUUUUAAAACUGACUGACAUUUUUUCAAAAUAAUAAUUUUAAUUGACUGAUAAUGCUAACAUGUACAGGGUUUUAUGUAAAGCAAAAGUACGAGUGUUUUAAUUGCUGUCCGAUUUUCUUUUCUCAAAUAGUAUGUCCACUAAAAUUUCCUUAGAUUACCAAAUUUCCAGUGUAUAAAUAAAACAAAGCAUUAAAUAUAUUUGUGUCUGGGAGGCCCUGUAAACAUUUAAAGCCCUCUUCGUGUACUGUAACAUAGAUGUAUGCAUUUUUCUACACCCCGUAAGGCAGUAGAGGCAGGAGCCACCGUCACCGGUUGCUGGUACUUGUAUUGGUGAUUUUAAAAAGGCAGCUUUGUGCCUCAGUCUUUGAUAUGUUCUUGUGACUUUUUGAAGUACCCAUAGAAACACCCUCUACCCUCAAUUUUAUACUCACAGUAAGCUUUUCUCACUUGGUGUGUGUUUGUGCGUGCGUGCGGGUGUAUGUGUGUGCGUGCAUGCAUUUGACAGGCAGACCUGCAGGUGUCGAGGGAUCAAAGUGUAAGGUGUGCGUCGCCGCACCCGAUCACGCGACUGUCGCUUUGCCAGGUUUAGCUAGAAUCGUUAGCGCGUGAACGAAAGGCUCGUGCAUGAACAGUGUACAGUUAGCGACUUCAUCGUAGGACAGUUUUCCUGGGUGACGACGGGUUUCAUCAGUGUCCCGGUGUGGACGAGUGACUGAGUGAGGAACUGCGAUUUGGUUUUUUCUUGCUAAAUGAAUCGACAUCUCUAACAAGGCUUCAUCCAGGUGGCAGACUAAGUGACAAUCUUCUCACUUUUGUCCUUUAUUUGGUCUCUUUUUCGAAGAAGGAACUGAAGGAAACAAUGCCGCAGCAGCAGUUACUAAUAUUCUGUCGUUGCUGAUGGAGCUACGCAUCCGUAGGUGUUCAUAUUGUAACCACAGUUAUUUGCUGUCGUUGGAGUCACGUUGUGUCAUUACUGUAUGUUUUACAUCAGUGAGUGGGAGCAUUCAGUGUGACUGCACAGCCUUACAUUACUACCAUCAAAAUGUACUGUCUUGAUAUGGAAAGGCCAAUUAUUUAUUUUAAUAUCCUCAUUCUUGAAAAGGUGCUUUAAUGUAAUUUAUAUUUCACAUUGAUUGUUCAAGCUAUUAAAUGUUUGUAUUAUUAUUUAAUGGGACAAAAUACUGAGCUGAAUAUUUACACUGAGUAUUUAAAUUCAAAGCUUUUCACAUCUUAUCCAGUUUUUCAGUUGUUACAGGUGAAAUGUUCUCUUUCUUAUUGGCAGUUAGUCUCAUUGAAAGUCUGCUGUAGAAAAUGUACAAAUGUAGCCUAUAUCAUUAAAGACACUUAAUUCUU